UUUGGUUACCAGUGCAUUCUAGUGGUAGGAAUACAAUACAUUUCGUCAAUAAGCAAGUGGUAGAAAAUUGCAAAACUGAAGUUCACAAGAAACGUUUUCGUAAAAAAUGUCAGAUAACGAGCAGAAAGCUAUGCAGUUGAUGGCAGAAGCAGAAAAGAAGUUAAACUCAUCGAAAGGAUUUUUUGGAUCAUUAUUUGGGGGAUCCUCUAAAGUAGAAGAGGCGGUUGAUUGUUAUCAACGAGCAGCAAACAUGUUUAAAAUGGCAAAAAAGUGGGGUUCUGCUGGAAAUGCCUUCUGUGAAGCAGCCACUCUCCAUGCAAAAGCAGGAAACAAACAUGAUGCAGCAACCAAUUACGUUGAUGCUGCAAAUUGCUUCAAGAAAUCUGAUCCAAAUGAGGCUGUAAGCAGCCUGUUAAAGGCUAUUGAGAUCUAUACAGACAUGGGGAGGUUUACAAUGGCAGCAAAACAUCAUCAGUCCAUUGCAGAAUUAUAUGAGACAGAAGCUGUAGACCUUGAUCGUGCUGUACAACAUUAUGAGCAGGCUGCUGAUUACUUCAAGGGGGAAGAAAGCAAUUCAUCAGCCAACAAGUGUAUGCUGAAAGUAGCUCAGUAUGCAGCACAACUGGAAAACUAUGAUAAGGCAAUACAGAUAUAUGAACAGGUGGCAUCUUCAUCUUUGGAAAGUUCUCUUCUGAAGUAUAGUUGCAAGGAAUACUUCUUCCGGGCAGCACUCUGUCACUUGUGUGUGGAUGUACUGAAUGCACAGCAUGCUUUGGAGCGUUACCAGGAAUUAUAUCCAGCCUUCCAAGAUUCACGAGAAUAUAAGCUGCUCAAGGUAUUGAUUGAUCACAUGGAAGAGCAGAAUGUGGAUGGUUUCACUGAAGCAGUGAAGGAUUAUGAUUCAAUUUCACGGCUAGACCAAUGGUAUACAACUAUACUGUUACGCAUAAAGAAACAGGUCAAUGACAAUCCUGAUCUUCGUUGAAGUAUCCUCGGUUGUCAUGGACGCAGCCUUGAUAUCAACGAGCUUUGUCGUCCUACAAAUGUACUGUCACGCUUCCCACAAACCAAUAUGAAACCAUAAAAAUUAUAAGAAUACAGUCUCUUAAUAAUAGACAUUAUUUCUGAUUCAUAAAAAGCUGAUUAUACUAAUUACAAUAUAAAAUAGCAAACAAAAAAAUUGACACUAUAAAAAAGACACUUGCCAUAUGCGUUUCAACCUCAAGAGGUCAUCAGUGGCAUCAGGGAAAUCAAUUCAUUUAAUUAA